AUGGCUGCAAUGAGUUUUAUAGAUUUCGCUACCAACUCUGCUAAUCCUUAUUACCUGCAUCCGAACGAGAAUCCGGCUCUUGUUCUCGUUUCUUCACUACUCGAUGACAAAAAUUACCACACAUGGUCUCGUUCAAUGCAAAUCGCGUUGAUCUCCAAGAACAAAGACAAAUUUAUCGACGGUACUCUUCCUAAACCCGUUGUUUCAGACGUUCUUUAUGCGUCGUGGAUUCGUUGCAACACGAUGGUUCUUGCAUGGAUACAACGCUCAAUCUCUACAUCAAUUGCACGAUCGGUUCUAUGGAUUGACACAGCUGCGGGUGUGUGGAAGAAUCUGCAGGUUCGAUUUUCUCAUACUGAUAUUUUCCGCAUAUCUGACAUUCAAGAAGAUCUUUACAAGUUCCGUCAAGGUACCUUAGAUGUAUCCAAUUAUUUUACUCAUUUGAAAGUUCUGUGGUAUGAAUUGGAAACUUAUCGUCCAAUUCCAUCUUGUUCCUGUGCGAUUCCAUGUACUUGUGGUGCUUCUGGAUCGAUUCGCCGUUAUAGAGAUCAAGACUAUGUGAUUCGAUUCCUUAAGGGUUUGAAUGAGAAAUUCACUCAUUCCAAGAGCCAAAUCAUGACGAUGAACCCGCUACCUGAUAUUGAUAAGACUUUCUCUUUGGUGAUUCAACAAGAAAGAGAAAUGAAUCAUGCUACUUCUGCAGUUCUUCCUGUUGUUGGCAAUAUUGAAGAGAGUAUAGCCUUGAAUGUAUCUCAUGAUGCUCAGCCAAACAAAUCCAAUUUGUAUAGAGGAAAAUAUCAGGGUGCAGCUGGUUCAAGAGGUCAAAAUCGUGUCUGUACUCACUGUGGAAGAAAUAACCAUACCAUUGAUACUUGUUUCAUCAAGCAUGGGUAUCCACCAGGCUUCAAGAACAAGACCAAAGGCAAUGGAUUCGGUUCUCAACAGUCUGCAACAACCAACAAUGCAUCAGAGACGCCUGCAUUAGGUUCAAGUUCCACUAAUGCCUCUUAUGGCUUGACUCGAGAGCAAUACAACAACAUUUUGGCACUGCUUCAACAUUCAAAACUUGUUUCCACAAUUAAUUCAAUGUCUACAUCUCCUCUUGUGCUAAAUUCUUUGUCUUCCACUGCCAAUGGUAAGUCUCAUUCUUUGUGGAUCCUUGAUACAAGAGUGUAG